CAGACAAGCUUGAUGGAAUGCCAAAAACGAUGAGUGGUUUAUCAGUGAAUUACGUCAUUAGAAUUUUUCUGGUUUAGACCGACAGAGCGACAGCCGACAACCAAUACGUGGUUGGUAUCCAUCAUUAACACUGGAGGAGAGGUGUUGUAAGGAAUGUGUGGCACUGGGACUGAGAAAAACAAAAGAAUUCUCAUUCCCAGCCCCCCUGGUGAGAUGGCACCCUCCAUCACAGUCCCUCCUGACUCGACCAAAGUUACAGCUGAACAGCAGCAAGAGCUGCCUGAGCAGAAGUUGUUACCCGUUGUUGAGGCAAGAACUCCUCCGUCUGGGGUGACCUGUUCUCCAGAUGUUGUGUCUGGAACCAGUUUCAAAGAGGCCCAUGUGGCCAACCUUAGUGAUGAUAAAGACCUUCAGAAAGCUAUUGCAUUAAGUAUUCAAGAGCAGCAUCACCACCAGCUGCAGCAGCACUUUGGUAAGCCUGGAGGUGACAGUGGAGCCAACCCAGCCGUAGAUAAUUCUGUCAUGAUUGUCUCAGCCGAAGACAGAGAAGUGUCAAGAGCCCUGGAGGAGAGCCUUAGAGAAUUACCCAAUGUAGUCACAAAGAAGCAUUUGUGCAAUCCUAUUGAAAGAAAGAGAGAGCCUGGAGUGCCUGUAGGGCUUUUAAACAUAGGGAACUCAUGUUGGUUUAAUGUGGUUUCCCAACCUCUGUUUCAUAUACCUGGUUUCCGUGACAUGAUCCUGAACUAUAGAACAACAGCCUCCAGUCAAUCUUCUAAUCCUACUUCUAAGGAAAAAUGUGAUUCUAACCCUAAAUUUGCCCUAGCUCUGAGUAAGCUGUUUGCCCUAAUGCUGGCUUCUGAACAAAAAUAUGUCAUACCAACUGAGUGUGUGUGUCUAUUUCAAGGAGGUGAUCCUGAAAUGCGACGUAAUGAGCAAGAAGACGUGUGCGAGUUCAUCCAUAAACUUUUGGAACGCCUCGAAGUUGAGUACAAUGAAAUCAUGAGGGAAGAAGGUGAAGAGAAAGAGAGUUGCGGCCUAAGCAAAGAUGUUCUCUUCACGAACCCUAUCAUGAAACUAUUCUAUGGGCAGUUCAAGAAAGACCCUAUCUGUAUAGAUGACUGUCGUGGCGACCAGGUAACCAAGCAAGAAACGUUUGGCCAGUACCCGCUGCAUGUUCUCAAGUAUGGCGACAUUCAUGAUAGUAUCUUGGCGUCCAUGUCUGUACGCUUGCCGGUGCCUGGACUUGGUAAGAGCUGCUCUUCAGAGGACUUGAAAAGUGAAGAUGCCUACGAAGUGCAACAAGAAUGCUGGUUUAAAUUACUUCCUCCUGUACUCAUAUUUUCCCUUAGUCGGUAUGAGUUCUCACAAGCAACCCAAAGAGCUGAGAAAGUGCACAACAAAUUUGAAUUUCCAGAUCGCCUAUACAUGGACCGAUACAUGGAGGCUAACAAACAACUUGUCAGAAAAAAACAUGUCCAAGUGGCUGCCAUCAAAAAGCAGCUUGCGUGCCUCAACCUCACGUUACGCCAGUACCAGAACUUUGGCAGUGGCGAAAAGAAGUAUCCUUUGCAAGACGUGCUGGCUUACUCACUGGAAUUUGCUGAAACUUGCCGGACAAUCAAAGAAAAACGGACGCAGAUGAGCCAAGUUGAGGAAACUAACGAAGCGGCGCCUAAGAUUGAGAUAGAGAUGCCUGAAAUUGUCAUAGAAAAUUGCCCUAGCGAAUCUUGCCUCAGCGACGACGUAGACAAUGCAUGUAUGACGGCAACUCAUGAUAGAAUGAGCGAAUCAGAAGACCCUGUUAAAGGUGGCGUUGAAAGCAUGGACGUGGACUCCAGUGAAGAAGGAAAAUCCUCUAUGCCAGUUGAUAGCCUCAAUGUUCGCUAUGAUCCUCCUGAAGCAGACCCAAUCAGUGACAACGAGCUAGCAUUGUUGCGACGAUGCAUAUCACAAUGGGAGUGCAAGAUCCGUCACACAGAAGCCGAGUUGUGCUGGCACAUCAAUGAGCUCGAGAACCGUUUAAAGUGCAUGUACAGCGAACCUGAACUUAUGAGGAUUGGGUACGAGCUGCAUGCGGUCGUCGUGCACGAAGGCCAGGCUUCAGCCGGUCAUUACUGGGUUUACAUAAGAAGUCCGGACGGCUGGCGCAAGUAUAACGAUGUGCAAGUGAACGAGAGCAGCUGGGAGGAACUCCAGCAAGAUAGUCUUGGUGGUCAAAACAACGCUAGCGCGUACUGCCUCAUGUACACAGAUAUGGACCGCCGUAGUGUGCUGUUCCCGCCCCGUGACGACUCAAGUGACAACCUCCUUGACGCUCUCCCUCUGCAUCUGCAGGAGUAUGUGAAGCAAGAUAACCUAGCGUUCCGUGAAGAAAUCGACAACUGGGACAGCAAACUGAGUAAAGUAGAGAAUUUUCCAAGAGUAACUGUAGUUAAAGGUAACAUUUCUGGUGCCUCGAGGCCACAUAGUGCUUCCGCUCCUCCGCCCACAGCCCCUAACUCGCCCACCAUCUGCAGACCUGCGGCAAGCUUCGAGGAGUGCCUGGACGCUGGUUUCUAUGUGUCUGUGUCAUCAUCUCUUGCUCGUGUGCUGUCUACCUUGCUCAAGAAAGAACUAGAAUCGAGAGCAUUGAAGUUUAAAGAAACAGAGACGGAAGAAAAGUCCAAUAUCAGUGCCGUAACUGUUGGGAUUCUACAACGCAGCCUCGACGCCAUCACUGAUGCUAGGAAACCAUGUCCGUCUCAGACGACCACUUAUUUCUUGCAAGACUUUUGUCUCUUUUUGUUUCAUUGCAAGGCGAAGAAUGCUGAAAAUUUGAUUCAACUGCACUCAUGUAUCCUCCUUCGCCAGAUUUUAUUGGCUGAAACGUCGCAAGAUCCGCUCGUUGAAGUUGCUAUUUGUAAUUGCAAUCAAUUUAUCACUGAAAUUGUCACUAAACUCAAGACAAUAGACCUGAGUAUGUUGUACGAAGCGUGGCACGAGAAGUUCAAACUCUUACUUGACUCUGUCUGGCACCUAGUAUGUGGCUGGAAGGCCUUCGAAACCAAAAAUUACAGGGAAGCACUUCCCCUGUUCUUGAAAUCGCAUCAUUUGUACAGAGAUAUAUUUAUGGUUAAAUCUGUAGACCUGUCAGAGUUUCUAAACUUGGAUUCACUUCGCGCAAUAGAGGAUGUAAUCCUGAAAUACCGUUGCAAAUGUCUAUUAGCUCUCAACGAGCAGCUUAUCAAAAUUUUCCUGGAAAGCAAGAACAUCAAAUGUGGUGAAGAAGUCGUUCACUGUGUCACUGGUCUUCUGGUGCCGGCACUUAGCGAGCUGUCAACGUGUCGCCAGGAAGCUGACGCCGUUGUCGCCGUGCGUCGCCAGUGGUGCGAGUUACUCGAGCGUCAGUUAGCGCCUCACUGUUCGCAGCUCAUCGAGCAGUUGCUCGAAGCCUUGCUCACCAUUGAAUGUUCUGGUAGCGUCGACCAGCGCUACAAAGCUUUGCCUGUCUCCAUCAAGCCUAUGCCUGUUCUUAGUGUACUCGAUGCUGAGUAUACGAAGCUGCUCAAUGACCUGAGCCUCGUUACUACUUCGUUGUAGGUGAACUAAACAAGAUCCUAGGCCUUUCUACCACUUCAUUGUAGGCCUUACUGCCACAUCACAGCGGCCCUUACUGCCACGUUGCUGUAGGCUGUACUACCACGUCAUUGCUGGACUUCUACCAAGGGCCCUGUGCUGCGAGUAGGAGUAUGAAUGUGCUCAAUUGAGUGAGCCUUAAUACCGCGUCUUUGUAGGUUAACGAAUGAUGAUAGUUGAGCUAACAUCCAUUCUACCGUAAGUUGUUGUUACUUCUUCAAUUUUUCUGUCUUGUCUUACGUCCAGCCUUUCUGAGGUCGUCGAUUCUUACUUCAUGCUUUAUUUUACAAUCACCGUAAUGGUUAUUACCUUACUCCUUACUUUAAGGCUUAUCGUCGUGUUCAUUCGGAUUAGUUCUUGAUCGAAGGAAUUCAUUGUCUUUUUUGCCCUAAACUCUUGAUGCUAUAAAAUACUUCCUUUUUUAAGUGAACGCUAUUUCCCUUAGUCCCAGUUCCUCAUUUUGCUGGCAGAACAUUUGUUGUAUUAAUAUUCUAUAUUUAAUUGUUUUUCCUGAUGAUAAGAGCACCAUACGAACGAAUGCCGUGUUGUAAGUCCAUGGAAAUACUGUAAAUCCGAAUUUACGGAAAUGUAAUCAAAAAGCGAAAUGCGCUCAAUAUCUGCACUGGGUAAGAAUUGAAUAUUCGAACUGCGAGUGAUAAGUGUGUGAUUUGAUCAUAAAUAAUUGUUUGGGAGACAAUCAUCUCCGUCUUAGUUAUAUGUUAAAAAUGCUAUUUAUCAUCGUGACCUAUUGGAUAAAAAAUAUCUUGUAACUCUAUUACUCAAUUUUUUUUUUAUCGUUGGAAGUUCCCGUAGAUAUGACCAUGACUUGCAUGUCAGUAUAGCCGAAAAAGAGAGAGAGGAAGAGAUGUGCAAGA